GGAGUUCAUUUUUCAUCUCUCACUCCUUUCUUCUUGUUCUUCGUCUUCUCACCUUAGCUACUCGGUGCCGUCUUCGCCGUUGUAACCGUCGCGAUCAUCAUCGUCGUGGUGAUAUAUGAUCCUUUGGCAACACGAUGCUGGAGGAUCAGGUAGCGUACCUUUUGCAGAGGUACCUUGGCAAUUAUGUCAGGGGUCUCAACAAAGAAGCUCUCAAAAUCAGUGUCUGGAAAGGCGAUGUAGAGCUGAAGAAUAUGCAGCUGAAGCCCGAGGCUCUCAAUGCUUUAAAAUUGCCAGUGAAGGUUAAGGCAGGUUUUCUUGGAUCAGUGAAACUCAAGGUUCCAUGGAGCAGGCUCGGUCAAGAUCCCGUUUUGGUAUAUUUGGAUCGCAUUUUCUUAUUAGCUGAACCUGCUACCCAAGUUGAGGGAUGUAGUGAAGAUGCUGUGCAAGAAGCCAAGAAGAUCCGAAUAGAGGAGAUGGAAUUGAAACUAUGGGAGAAGUCACAACAACUAAAGUCAGAAAUGAAUAAAUCAUGGUUGGGAUCCCUCAUCAGCACCAUAAUUGGAAAUUUGAAGCUUUCAAUUUCUAAUAUUCACAUCAGAUAUGAGGAUGGUGAGAGCAAUCCAGGGCACCCAUUUGCAGCUGGUGUUAUGUUGGACAAACUUUCAGCUGUGACAGUUGAUGAUACUGGGAAAGAAACUUUUAUCACUGGAGGUGCACUGGAUCUUAUCCAAAAGUCCGUUGAACUUGAUCGCCUAGCAGUUUAUUUAGAUUCAGAUAUUAUUCCAUGGCAUGCAAGCAAAGAAUGGGAAGAUUUGCUUCCUUCCGAGUGGUUUCAGAUAUUUAAAUUUGGCACUAAAGAUGGGAAGCCAGCUGACCGUUUGUUACAAAAGCACUCAUACGUUCUGGAACCAGUGACUGGGAAAGGAAAUUAUUCCAAGCUGCUUCUGAAUGAAGUUGCUGAUAGCAAACAACCUUUACAGAAGGCGGUGGUGAAUUUGGAUGAUGUUACAAUCAGCUUGUCUAAGGAUGGAUACAGGGAUAUCAUGAAACUAGCAGACAACUUUGCUGCAUUUAACCAACGUCUUAAGUAUGCUCAUUUCCGUCCUCCGGUACCGGUAAAAGCGGAUCCCAGGUCUUGGUGGAAGUAUGCUUACAGAGCUGUAUCUGACCAGAUGAAGAAGGCAAGUGGAAAAAUGUCAUGGGAGCAAGUUUUAAGAUAUACAAGCUUGCGUAAGAGAUAUAUCUAUCUCUAUGCUUCAUUGCUUAAAUCUGACCCCAGUCAGGUGACAAUUAGUGGGAACAAAGAGAUUGAAGACCUAGAUCAUGAACUUGAUAUUGAACUUAUAUUGCAAUGGAGAAUGUUGGCUCACAAAUUUGUGGAGCAAUCAGCGGAACCAAAUCUCAGUGUGAGAAAACAGAAAGCGGGGAACUCUUGGUGGUCAUUUGGAUGGACCGGUAAAUCUCCUAAAGAGGACAGUGAGGAAUUAUCUUUCAGUGAAGAGGACUGGAACCGGUUAAAUAAAAUAAUUGGGUACAAGGAAGGUGAUGAUGGGCAAUCGCCUGUAAAUAGCAAGGCAGAUGUUAUGCAUACCUUCCUGGUAGUUCACAUGAAUCACAAUGCUUCAAAGCUUAUUGGGGAAGCCCAAGAUCUUGUUGCUGAGUUAUCAUGUGAAGACCUCAGUUGCUCAGUGAAGCUUUAUCCAGAAACAAAGGUCUUUGACAUUAAGUUGGGUUCAUAUCAGUUAUCAUCACCUAAAGGUCUCCUUGCAGAGAGUGCAGCUUCCUUUGACUCAUUAGUUGGCGUCUUCAAGUACAAGCCUUUUGAUGACAAGGUGGACUGGAGUAUGGUUGCCAAAGCUUCUCCAUGUUACAUGACUUAUAUGAAGGAUAGCAUCAAUCAAAUUGUGAAAUUCUUUGAAACUAAUGCCACUGUGAGUCAGACCAUAGCACUAGAAACUGCAGCUGCUGUGCAGUUGAAAAUUGAUGAGGUGAAGCGCACUGCACAGCAACAAAUGAACAGAGCACUAAAGGAUCAUGCCAGGUUUUCAUUGGAUUUGGAUAUUGCAGCUCCCAAGAUCACUAUUCCUACUGAUUUUUAUCCUGAUAAUACCCAUGCUACAAAGCUUUUACUGGACCUGGGGAACUUGAUGAUUCGUACACAGGACGACAGUCGACAGGAAUCAGCUGAGGAUAAUAUGUACCUGCGAUUUGAUUUGGUUUUAAGUGAUGUAUCAGCAUUUUUGUUUGAUGGUGACUAUCAUUGGAGCGAAAUUUCUGUGAAUAAAUUGACCCAUUCCACCAAUACUAGUUUCUUUCCAAUUAUUGACAGAUGUGGAGUCAUCCUACAGCUUCAACAGAUUCUGUUAGAGACCCCAUAUUAUCCUUCAACACGCCUUGCUGUGAGGCUUCCAUCAUUGGCGUUUCAUUUUUCUCCUGCUCGGUAUCAUCGAUUGAUGCAUGUUAUAAAGAUCUUUGAGGAAGGGGAUGAUGGAAGCUCUGAGUUUCUUCGACCCUGGAAUCAGGCUGACCUAGAGGGGUGGUUAUCUCUUUUAACUUGGAAGGGCGUGGGAAACAGGGAAGCUGUGUGGCAGCGGAGAUACUUCUGCUUAACUGGACCUUUUCUUUAUGUUCUUGAAAGCCCUCACUCGAAAUCUUACAAACAGUAUACCAGCCUACGAGGGAAACAAGUAUAUCAGGUUCCACCAGAAUUUGUUGGUGAUGUAGAGCAUGUUUUGGUUGUUUGUAGUCCCACACGACCCAACAAUAAGGUUGUGGAGGAUACAAAUGCACUGAUUUUACGUUGUGAAAAUGAGGAUUCAAGGAAAACCUGGCAUACUCGCUUACAAGGGGCUAUUUAUUAUGCAUCGAGUACUGACCCUAUUUCUGGUCUAUCGGAAACCUCUUCAGAUCAUGAUGAUAUUGAAUCAGAACUUGAUAAUCAGGGUGUGAUUGAUGUAGCAAUUUCUGAAAGAUUGUUUGUAACAGGUGUUCUUGAUGAAUUAAAGGUUUGCUUCAGUUAUAGUUAUCAGCCUGAUCAAAGUCUAAUGAAGGUGCUUUUAAACCAAGAGAAGCGUUUGUUUGAAUUUCGAGCAAUAGGUGGUCAGGUGGAGGUUUCUAUGAAAGACAAUGACAUUUUCAUUGGCACUAUCUUGAAGUCUUUGGAAGUAGAAGAUUUAGUUUGCUAUAGCCAACCGUCGCAGCCUCGUUAUUUGGCUAGAUCAUUUAUUGGAGCUGCAGAUGAGAAAUCGUUAUUCUAUGAUACCAUGAGAGAAAAUGUUGAAAGUAGCGGAUUAAUUCCUACUGAAUCUGAUGAUAAAUUUUACGAGGCACCUGAGACUUUGGCAGACAGUGAUGUUUAUAUGCAGUCUCCUGGAGGUACAUCUGAGUACCCAUCUAGUUCCUCCAAUGAGAUAAAAUUCAAUUAUUCAUCACUGGAACCCCCAAAGUUCAGUCGAAUUAUUGGACUUCUUCCUACUGAUGCUCCUUCUACCAGUACUAAGGAACAUGAACUGAAUGACACAUUGGAGAGUUUUGUUAAAGCGCAAAUAAUCAUCUAUGACCAGAACUCUACUCGGUAUAAUAAUAUAGAUAAGCAGGUGAUAGUGACUCUGGCUACCUUGACAUUCUUUUGUCGCAGACCAACAAUCCUAGCCAUUAUGGAAUUUAUUAAUUCUAUUAACAUUGAGAAUGGAAACCUGGCAACUUCUAGUGACAGCUCUUCAACAUCCAUGGUAAAAAAUGAUUUAUCAAAUGAUUUGGAUGUUUUACAUGUUACAACUGUUGAGGAACAUGCUGUCAAGGGUUUACUUGGAAAAGGGAAGUCCAGGGUUAUGUUCAGUCUCACAUUAAAAAUGGCCCAGGCCCAAAUCCUUUUGAUGAAGGAAAAUGAAACCAAGCUUGCUUGUUUGUCCCAAGAAAGUUUGCUUGCAGAGAUUAAGGUUUUCCCUUCCUCCUUUAGUAUUAAAGCAGCCUUGGGGAAUCUGAAAAUAAGUGAUGACAGCCUAUCCAGCAGUCAUUUCUAUUACUGGGCAUGCGAUAUGAGAAAUCCUGGGGGAAGAUCUUUUGUGGAGUUGGAGUUCACGUCAUUUAGCUGCGAUGAUGAAGACUAUGAAGGUUAUGAUUUUAGUCUUUUUGGUGAGCUUUCAGAAGUGCGAAUUGUUUAUCUGAAUCGAUUUUUGCAAGAGAUAGUUGGUUAUUUUAUGGGUCUUGUUCCAAAUAGCCCGAGAAGUGUUGUCAAAGUAACAGAUCAAGUUACAAAUUCAGAGAAGUGGUUUUCAGCAAGUGACAUUGAAGGAUCACCUGCUGUUAAGUUUGAUCUUUCUCUCAGGAAGCCUAUAAUAUUAAUGCCUCGGAAUAGAGACAGCCUUGAUUUCUUGAGGCUUGACAUUGUUCAUAUAACUGUGAGGAACACCUUUCAGUGGAUUGGUGGAAGUAAAAGUGAAAUCAAUGCAGUGCACUUGGAAACUUUGAUGGUCCAGGUUGAAGACAUCAACCUAAAUGUUGGAACUGGAACAGACUUAGGCGAAAGUAUAAUUAAGGAUGUGAAUGGGCUAUCUGUGAUUAUUCAUAGGUCACUCCGAGAUUUAUCACAUCAAUUUCCAAGUAUUGAAAUCAUAAUUAAGAUGGAAGAGUUGAAAGCGGCAAUGUCAAAUAAAGAAUAUCAGAUUAUUACCGAGUGUGCUGUGUCUAACUUUUCUGAGGUCCCAGAUAUUCCUUCACCACUGAAUCAAUAUUCCUCCAAGACAUUAAAUGGGGCAACCGAUGAUAUAGUCCCUGAGGUUACAAGCGGUGCUGAUUCAGUGACUACAGAUGUUGAAGCUUCUGUUUUGCUGAAAAUCUGGGUGUCCAUAAAUCUGGUGGAGUUGAGCUUAUAUACAGGGAUAAGCAGAGAUGCAUCCCUGGCCACUGUUCAGGUCAGCAGUGCAUGGCUGCUGUAUAAAUCUAGUACAGCAGGAAAUGGAUUCCUUUCUGCAACACUACAAGGUUUCAGUGUUUUUGAUGAUCGUGAGGGAGUUGAACAACAAUUUCGCUUAGCAAUAGGAAAGCCUGAGAAUGUUGGAGCCAGUCCUCUAAAUUCUUUUUCAUAUCAUCAGAACCAAGACUCAGUUGAUAGUAUCUUAAUUAAGGGGGAUAGUUUUGACCCAGUUCAGACGAUGCUCAUUGUUGAUGUGAAAUUUGGUCCGGACUCAACAUUUGUUUCUUUGUGUGUCCAGAGGCCUCAGCUGCUCGUUGCAUUAGAUUUUCUUCUUGCUGUUGUUGAGUUUUUCGUACCAACUGUCAGCAGCAUGCUAUCAUCUGAAGAAGGCAAUAGGUCUCACAUGCAGGAAGCUAUCAUCAUAGAUAGGUCAAUCUACAGGCAACCCUGUGCUGAAUUUUCCCUCUCACCGCAAAAGCCUUUGAUAGUUGAUUAUGAAAGUUUUGAUCAUUACAUUUAUGAUGGUGAUGGUGGAAUUUUGUAUUUAAAAGAUAUACAAGGUUUGAAUCUCUCAGAAGCUAGCUCAGAGCCUAUAAUAUAUGUUGGAAAUGGGAAGAAGUUACAAUUCAGAAAUGUUGUUAUCAAGGGAGGACGUUACUUGGAUUCUUGUGUUUUUCUUGGAGCAAAUAGUAGCUAUUCAGUUUUAAAAGAUGACCAUGUGUACUUGGAAGGAUUAGUUGAAAGUCCUCAGCCAAGGUCUUCGAGAGGAAGUGUGGAUGAAGUACCGUCUCAGAAUAAUGCUGUUAGCAAUUCUACGGAGUUGAUCAUUGAACUUCAGGCUGUUGGUCCGGAGCUUACUUUUUAUAACACAUCAAAAGAUGUAGGAGAAUCAUUAAACCUGUCUAACAAACUUCUUCUUGCACAGUUGGAUGCCUUUUGCAGGCUUGUUUUGAAAGGAAGUAAUACUGAGAUGAGUGCAGAUAUACUUGGUUUGACUAUGGAGAGUAAUGGAAUCAGGAUUUUGGAGCCAUUUGAUACAAGCUUGAAGUACUCAAAUGCUUCUGGGAAGACCAAUAUCCAUUUAUCUGUUUCUGAUGUUUUCAUGAAUUUCACAUUCAGUAUAUUGAGACUAUUUCUGGCGGUGGAAGAUGAUAUUCUAGCAUUUUUAAGGAUGACAUCAAAGAAGAUGACAGUUGUUUGCUCUCACUUUGACAAAGUUGGAACCAUAAAAAAUUCUCGUACUGAUCAAACUUAUGCCUUUUGGAGGCCUCAUGCUCCUCCUGGUUUUGCUGUGCUUGGUGACUACCUGACACCACUAGACAAGCCACCAACGAAAGGAGUUCUUGCAGUAAAUACCAAUUCUUUAACAGUUAAGAGACCCAUUAAUUUCAGAUUAAUUUGGCCACCUUUAACAUCUGUGGGCAUUAAUGGUGAAAAAAUGGACAAUUUCGAGUUACAUUGGAAAAGUGAGGAUGAUGGUGGCUGUUCUAUAUGGUUCCCUGAAGCUCCCAAAGGUUAUGUUGCAGUAGGCUGUAUAGUUUCGCGUGGAAGGACACCACCCCCAAUAUCUUCUGUUUUUUGCAUCCCGUCUUCUUCGGUGUCUCCAUGUUCAUUAAGAGAUUGUAUCAUAAUUGGCACACCUGAUAUACCAUCAUCCCAUGUGGCAUUUUGGCGAGUGGAUAAUUCGUUUGGCACUUUCUUGCCAGUAGAUCCUAUUUCACUUAGUUUGAUGGGUAAAGCAUAUGAAUUGCGUUUCGUUAAAUAUGGUUAUCUGAUGGCAUCUCCGACAGCAAUAAAUAGUCCAGAUUCUUUUGCUCAUUCUGGAGGACAUCAAACCUUGCAAUUUGACCAGUCUUCAGAUGCAAAUUCUAAUAGGCGUCUGGAACCUGUUGCUAGCUUUCAGUUAAUAUGGUGGAAUCAGGGAUCAAACGCGAGAAAGAAGUUAUCCGUAUGGCGUCCAGUUGUCCCAAUGGGAAUGGUAUAUUUUGGGGAUAUAGCUGUUAAAGGGUUUGAGCCUCCAAACACCUGCAUUGUUGUUCAUGAUUCCAGUGAUGAAAAUAUUUUUAAAACUCCCCUAGAUUUUGAACUUGUUGGACAAAUAAAAAAGCAGAGGGGAAUGGAAAGUAUAUCAUUCUGGCUUCCACAAGCUCCUCCUGGCUUUGUUUCCUUGGGUUGUGUUGCAUGUAAAGGGAAACCUAAGCAAAAUGAAUUUAGCACAUUAAGAUGCAUGCGCAGUGAUUUGGUGGCAGGAGAUAAAUUUCUGGAAGAAAGUGUAUGGGAUACAUCUGACGCCAAACAUGUAACAGAGCCAUUCAGUAUAUGGGCUGUUGGCAAUGAGUUGGGGACUUUUAUAGCUCGUGGUGGUUUUAAAAGACCCCCAAGAAGGUUUGCUUUGAGGCUAGCAGAUUUUAGUAUACCAAGCGGUUCAGAUGUUACAGUCAUUGAUGCUGAAAUUGGAACCUUCUCAACAGCUCUUUUUGAUGACUACAGUGGUUUGAUGGUUCCUUUGUUCAAUAUAUCUUUGAGUGGAAUAACAUUCAGUUUGCAUGGAAGAACUGGGUAUAUGAAUUGCACUGUUGGCUUCUCCUUGGCUGCCAGGUCAUAUAAUGACAAGUAUGAAGCCUGGGAGCCUCUUGUUGAGCCAGUAGAUGGAUUCCUAAGGUACCAAUAUGACCUCAAUGCCCCAGCAGCAGCCUCUCAAUUACGUUUGACAUCAACCCGAGAUCUGAAUUUGAAUGUUUCAGUUUCUAAUGCUAAUAUGAUCAUUCAAGCUUAUGCAAGCUGGAAUAACCUAAGCCAUGCUCAUGAAUCUUAUAAAAAUAGAGAUGCAUUUUCUCCAACGUAUGGUGGAAACUCUAUUAUGGACAAUGUCCACAAAAGGAAUUAUUAUAUAAUCCCUCAAAACAAACUUGGUCAGGAUAUUUAUAUCCGUGCUACUGAAGCUAGGGGUCUGCAAAAUAUAAUUAGAAUGCCGUCUGGGGAUAUGAAGGCUGUGAAAGUUCCUGUGUCAAAAAAUAUGCUAGAAUCUCAUUUGAAGGGUAAACUUUGUAGAAAGAUAAGAACAAUGGUGACAGUCAUCAUUGCAGAAGCACAGUUCCCUCAAGUUGAAGGUUCAGAUGCCCGGCAAUGCACAGUGGCUGUCCGGCUUUCUCCUAGUCAGAGCCGCGCUACUGAUGCAUUGGUUCAUCAACAGAGUGCACGCACAUGUGGAAGAAGGGCAAAACAUUUAUUGCCUUCGGAUCUUGAGUUAGUCAAGUGGAAUGAAAUAUUUUUCUUCAAAGUUGAUUCUCUGGACCAUUACUCUUUGGAGUUAAUUGUGACAGAUAUGAGCAAAGGUGUUCCCAUGGGAUUUUUUUCUGCUUCCUUGAACCAGGUAGCAAGAACUAUUGAGGACUGGUCAUAUUCCCAAAAUCUUGCCAAUAUGUUGAACUGGAUAGAUUUGUCUGCAGAAAACUCCAUGGAUGCUUAUUAUAAGAAGUCUUGCAAAUUACGAUGUGCCGUUCUAGUGCAAGGUUCUCAAAUUGAUAAUAACAAUCUACACUCUGACAAUGACGCCCAUAAAUCUGGGUUUAUUCAAAUUAGUCCCAGCAAAGAAGGUCCUUGGACUACUGUAAGGCUAAACUAUGCUGCCCCCGCUGCUUGCUGGCGGUUAGGUAAUGUUGUUGUUGCCAGUGAAGCUAGUGUAAAGGAUGGGAAUAGAUAUGUAAAUAUUCGAUCUUUGGUUUCUGUUCGUAACAACACAAAUUUUGUACUUGAUUUAUGCCUUGCUUCAAAAAUUUCAUCGGAGAAAGUGAGUUUGCUGAAAAAUUCAAGUGGUUCUGAAUCUAUCCAAACAAAAAGGGACCAAAUUCAGACAGAUGAGUUUUAUGAGAUUCAAAAGUUAACUCCACACAUUGGUUGGGUUGGUUGUUCUAGUCAUCCUGGGCAGCAUGUGUCGGACGUGGGAAAAUCCAAUCAGGAUUUUCCUGAAAUUGAUCUACCGCCUGGUUGGGAAUGGAUUGAUGAUUGGCAUUUGGAUACAAAAUCUACCAAUACCUCUGAUUGCUGGAGUUAUGCUCCUGAUUUUGAGAGUUUGAGAUGGCCUGGAUCCUCCGAUCCAAAGGAAUCCUUUAAUGCUGCUAGGCAGAGGAGAUGGCUAAGAAGCAGGAAGCUAAUAGCAGAUGAUCUUAAGCAUGAAAUUUCUGUCGGGCUACUGCAACCAGGAGAAAUUGCUCCACUUCCUCUAUCUGGCUUGACACAAUCUAUCCGAUAUUUCUUGCAGUUAAGGCCUUGGACUUCAGCAAACCCAUAUGAGUAUUCUUGGAGUACUGUAGUGGACAAACCUGGGCUAUCAGAGGAUACUGGUAAGGGGGAGAAAUGCUUAAACCUCUGUGUUUCAGAUCUUUCGGAGUCAGAGGAACUGCUGUGCUGCAGUGAGAUGCAUGGAACGUCAGGUGGCUCCCACAAGUUGUGGUUUUGCGUAAGCAUACAAGCAACAGAGAUUUCUAAAGACAUCCAUUCUGACGCUAUUCAGGAUUGGUGUUUGGUGAUCAAAUCCCCGCUAAUAAUUAGCAACUUUCUUCCUCUUGCUGCUGAAUAUUCUGUUCUUGAAAUGCAAUCAAGUGGCCACUUUCUUGCAUGCUCAAGAGGUGUAUUUUCACCUGGAAAUACUGUGCAGAUAUACAGUUCGGAUAUUAGGAACCCUUUGUUCUUAUCUUUGCUUCCGCAGAGGGGUUGGCUUCCCGUACAUGAAGCUGUUCUUAUAUCUCAUCCUCAUGGGAGUCCAGCAAAAACAAUUAGUUUGAGAAGUUCAAUAUCUGGAAGGGUUACCCAAAUCAUUCUUGAACAAAACUAUGACAAGGAGCACACCUUGCUGGCUAAAACAAUUAGAGUCUAUGCUCCUUACUGGUUGGGAGUAGCUAGAUGUCUUCCACUUACAUUCAGGAUUCUUGAUAUGUCUAGAAAAAGACAUGUGCCAAAGGUUGCUGCUCAAUUUCAAAAUAAAAAGGGAACUGGGUUAAUCCUUGAAGAAAUAACUGAAGAGGAGAUAUAUGAUGGCCAUACAAUUGUAUCUGCUCUAAACUUUAAUAUGUUAGCACUUUCAGUGGCUAUUGCUCAAUCAGGAAAUGAGCAUUUUGGACCUGUUAAAGAUCUUUCGCCUCUUGGUGAUAUGGAUGGCUCUUUGGAUAUAUAUGCGUACGAUGGUGAUGGAAAUUGCAUGCGGCUUAUUAUUUCUACAAAACCAUGCCCCUAUCAGUCUGUCCCAACUAAGGUAAUUUCUGUUCGGCCAUUUAUGACUUUCACAAAUAGAACUGGUGAAGAUAUAUUCAUCAAGUUGAGCACUGAAGAUGAACCAAAGGUUUUGCGUGCUUCUGAUUCGAGGGUUUCCUUUGUAUGUCGAGGAAUUAAUGAAAAUGAAAAACUCCAGGUGAAACUAGAAAGUACCAAUUGGUCAUAUCCCCUUCAAAUUUCAAGAGAAGACACGAUUUCUCUUGUUUUGAGGAUGAAUGAUGGAUCUCUAAAAUUUUUGAGAACUGAAAUCCGUGGAUAUGAAGAAGGAUCCCGAUUUGUCGUGGUAUUCCGUCUUGGAUCUACUGAUGGUCCUAUCAGAAUUGAGAACAGAACGGAAAACAAAGAAAUUAGCAUUCGACAGUCUGGAUUUGGUGAAGAUGCCUGGAUUCAGUUGCAACCUCUGUCAACAACUAAUUUUUCUUGGGAAGAUCCAUAUGGCGAUAAGUUUUUAGAUGCUAAGCUUAGUGCUGAUGAUAUCAGUGCAAUUUGGAAACUUGAUUUGGAAAGGACUGGAUCAUGUUCUGCAGAACUUGGACUGCAAUUCGAUGUUAUUGAUGCGGGAGAUAUAAUAAUUGCAAAAUUCAGAGAUGAUAGAAUGUCAAGUUCAAGUUCGUUUGGAGAGAUUAGAGGUCCAACACCUAAUCUGAACAGUGUUACACCGUUUGAGAUCUUAAUUGAGUUGGGAGUGGUCGGAAUUUCGAUAGUGGAUCAAAGACCGAAGGAGCUCUUCUACUUAUACUUCGAAAGGGUCUUUCUAACAUAUUCAACUGGUUAUGAUGGUGGAAGGACAAGCAGGUUCAAGCUCAUAUUCGGUUAUUUACAACUGGACAACCAGCUUCCUCUAACAUUAAUGCCUGUUCUCUUGGCUCCAGAUCAGACCUCUGAUGUGCGACACCCAGUAUUUAAGAUGACAAUUACUAUGCAGAAUGAGAAUAAAGAUGGAAUUCAAGUUUUCCCAUAUGUUUAUAUACGGGUGACAGAUAAAUGCUGGAGACUCGAUAUUCAUGAACCUAUUAUCUGGGCUAUUGUGGACUUUUAUAACAAUUUGCAGCUAGAUCGCUUUCCUAAAAGUUCUACAGUCACAGAAGCUGACCCCGAGAUACGUUUCGACCUAAUAGACGUUUCAGAAGUAAGGUUGAAGUUGUCACUAGAGACUGCUCCAGGACAGAGACCUCGUGGGGUCCUAGGCAUAUGGAGCCCUAUACUUUCUGCUGUUGGAAAUGCCUUCAAGAUCCAGGUGCACCUGAGGAGGGUGAUGCACCGAGACAGAUUCAUGCGUAAAAGUUCUAUUGUUCCGGCGAUUGGAAAUCGUGUUUGGAGAGAUUUGAUUCACAAUCCGUUACAUUUAAUAUUUUCAGUGGAUGUACUAGGUAUGACAAGUUCGACAUUAGCUUCUCUUAGUAGAGGGUUUGCUGAGCUUUCCACAGAUGGACAAUUUUUGCAAUUACGUGCAAAGCAGGUAAGAUCAAGGAGAAUCACCGGGGUUGGGGAUGGGAUCAUGCAAGGAACAGAAGCUCUUGCCCAAGGUUUUGCAUUUGGCGUCUCUGGCGUGGUGAGAAAGCCUGUUGAGAGUGCCCGACAGAAUGGUCUCCUGGGAUUCGCUCAUGGGCUUGGACGUGCCUUUUUAGGUUUUGUUGUGCAGCCAGUGAGCGGAGCACUGGAUUUUUUCUCAUUGACUGUUGAUGGGAUUGGUGCAAGUUGUUCCAAAUGCCUUGAGGUUUUCAACAGCAAGGCUCAAUUCCGCCGAAUUAGAAAUCCUCGGGCUUUACAUGCUGAUGGGAUACUUAGAGAAUACUGUGAGAGAGAAGCUGUUGGACAGAUGGUUCUUUACCUUGGAGAGGCAAGCCGGCAAUUUGGCUGUACUGAAAUUUUCAAGGAACCUUCAAAAUAUGCAUUGUCUGAUUAUUAUGAAGUGCAUUUUACUGUGCCACAUCAGAGAAUUGUUUUAGUUACCAACAAACGACUCAUGUUGCUGCAGUGUCUUGCUCCUGACAAGAUGGAUAAAAAACCUUGCAAGAUUAUGUGGGAUGUACCUUGGGAUGAGUUGAUGGCACUGGAGUUAGCAAAAGCAGGCUGUUCUCAACCCUCUCACUUGAUCCUCCAUCUGAAACAUUUUCGUAGAUCUGAAAAUUUUGUUCGAGUGAUAAAAUGCAGUAGUGCAGAAGAAAUUGAAGGGAGAGAAUCCCAUGCUGUUAAGAUAUGUUCAGCAGUGCGUAGAACAUGGAAGGCAUAUCAGUCUGACAAGAAAAGCUUGAUUCUUAAAGUUCCUUCAAGUCAGAGACAUGUAUACUUUUCUUAUACUGAGGUGGAUAGAGAACCACGUACGCCCAAUAAGGCCAUUGUUAGUUCAAGAGAUAUCUCAUCAUAUAGCACUUCAUCUGAUGACGGGCGAUUUGUUAGACACUGCAUUACUUUUUCAAAGAUAUGGAGCAGUGAACAAGAAUACAAAGGUCGAUGCUCGUUGUGCAGAAAACAGACCUCACAAGAUGGUGGAAUAUGUAGCAUUUGGAGGCCUACCUGUCCUGACGGGUUUACAUAUAUUGGGGAUAUUGCUCGUGUUGGCGUCCAUCCUCCAAAUGUUGCUGCUGUCUACCGCAAGAUUGAUGGACUUUUUGUUCACCCGUUGGGGUAUGACCUGGUAUGGCGAAAUUGUUUAGAAGAUUUUGUCACCCCUGUGUCAAUUUGGCACCCACGGGCCCCAGAUGGAUUUGUGUCUCCCGGAUGUGUUGCCGUUGCUGGUUAUACGGAACCAGAGCCUGAUCUUGUGCACUGUAUUGCUGAGUCACUCAUUGAGGAAGCAGAAUUUGAAGAUCUAAAGGUUUGGUCUGCACCUGAUUCAUAUCCAUGGACCUGUCAUAUGUAUCAAGUACAGAGUGAUGCUUUGCAUUUUGUUGCUCUACGGCAAAGCAAAGAAGAAUCUGAGAUGAUUAUGAAGCCCAAGAGGGUCCGUGAUGACCCGCAGGCUCAGUUGCAAGCAAUAGGAUCCUCUCAUGCCACAUGAUAACGUCAUGUAAAAUUGUGUUUAUCUCGUGAUUGUUACUUCUGACAUCUCACGGCGAUGGGACUUGGCUGGGUAUAAUGUACAUAUUUUCUCUGAUUCAAUGGUAUAUGUCUGCAAUGUUGCUGUGCGUUGUUUUAGCUGUACAAAGACUUAAAAGGGGCACCUGGUGGCAAUUUCGAACUCACACAUGCAAUCUCCAUUUACUCUUGCAUUCCCUCUGUCUCGAGCCUCUAUUUUGCAAAGACUCAUUGCUGCUUCUUUUACAAAAAUCACCUGUGAUAUAACAGGGGUGCACAGUUUUAUGGCUUACACAUUACACAUAUUUCACAGGCGAACAGAAGAGACAAAUUGUUUAUAAUUGUGCAUAACAUUUUUCUAUAUAGGAUAGGCACAAUGAUGUUUUGUAUACAAAUAAUAAAUGUGUAUAGUUUUCUGUUCUUUUGUGAUUCCA